AUGGAACGUUCCGGUUAUGUUAAUAAUGAUAUAAAUCCAAACGAAUUGUGCUUAAACGGUGUUGUUCCAUUGAAUAUGAGUGCUUUGAUCGAUACAAGUGCUACAUCGAUAUCAUCUAAGGAUAUAAGACAUAAUUUAAAAUUACGGACCAAUAUUACUAAUGAAAUAACUAACACAGAUGAUAACAUCUAUGUUGUACCACAUGAACCAUAUCCAGUGAAUGAAUAUUUUAAUACAUCAUUUUUACCUGGAUUGUAUCCGACAUUAUUUCCAUUCGGCCUUGGUGGUGUUGAAAACGAACGUAGACCAGUACGUGUUUCAUAUGCAAAACAUAUUCGUUAUUUUUUGUCUUAUCAUGAUCAUCGUUUUGAAAUGAAUGCAUCAUUCAUUUUUGUGACAUUUAAUAUCUUAAACGAACGUAGACCAGUACGUGUUUCAUAUGCAAAACAUAUUCGUUAUUUUUUGUCUUAUCAUGAUCAUCGUUUUGAAAUGAAUGCAUCAUUCAUUUUUGUGACAUUUAAUAUCUUACAACGCCGAACAGCAUGUAAAAAAUCACGUCUACUUGUAUCAAGACCUUAUUUUAGCUCACAAGCUAAUGAGAUAAAUCAACUGACAGCUAAAGAAGUUAAAAUUGCUUUAGAUCAGAUUGAAUCGAAUUCGAAUAUUUAUACAUUAAAUCCACGUUUAUCUUUAUUAUUGAAACAACUGAAAACUGUUUCUGGUAGUGUCAUGGGAUCAAAUCAAUCACGUGCUAAUUAUCGAGUAGAACUUCACUCACAAAUAUUUUUCUCAGGUCUACCAAACAUUUUGAUUACGAUUAAUCCAUGUGAUUUACAUCAUCCAUUAGCUAUGAAAUUUGCCGGUGUAGACCUUGAUAUUGAUAAUUUAACACCUGAGUUAUUGCCGAAAUCACAUGAACGUGCAGCAAUCGUUGCAAGUCAUCCUGUCGGCAUUGCACGUUUCUUUAACAAACUUAUUACAACAGUUUUGUCUACAUUAAUUAAUUAUAAUAUUAAUAAACAUGAAUCAAAUCCUGGUGGCGGUGUAUUAGGUGAGAUUGAAGCUUAUUAUGGUACAGUUGAAGAAUCGGGCCGAGGUGCAUUACAUUUACAUAUGUUAUUGUGGCUUGCUAAUAGUAAAGAUCCACAUGAAUUGCGUCAACUAAUAUCAGAUGAUGUUUUUCGAGAAAAUCUAAUCAACUACUUAGAAGAUAUUAUAAAAGAAGAUCUAGAUGCUUUUGAAAACAACAUUAGAGAAUCAAAUACAUGCAAUAUUGAAAAACAUAACCAUACAUCCAUAUCAAUAUGCUCGCCAAUACCUUCGCCUACUGAUGCAAAUUUUGACGAAGCCAAACGAAUAGCUGUACGAACUUUAGCAUGUGAAAAUCAAUUUCAUCAUCAUACUAGUACUUGUUACAAAGAUGUUAGAAUAGCAACAACUGACAUAUCACCUUGUCGCUUACGAUACCCAAAAGAAAUGUAUGACACUACAAGCAUUAAUAUUGAAACUGGAGAAAUUCGAAUGAAACGUUCUCAUCCAAUGUUGAAUAACUUUAAUGAAUGGCUUCUACUUGCUUGUCGAUGCAACAUGGAUAUUAAAUUUAUUUGGUCAGGAUCCGAUACAAAAGCUCUUGUCUAUUAUAUCAGUGAUUACAUAACAAAAGAAAACUUAUCAUUUCAUGACUGUAAUUCAUUAAUUUAUCAAGCAGUAGAAAAAUUUGAAAAAAAUGAAUCCAAAGUACAUUAUACAGAUGCAUUAGAUAAAUCACGUCGUUUUAUACUUCGUUGUUUCAACACAUUAGCAUCUCAGCAGGAAAUCUCAGCGGUUCAAGUUGCAUCUUACCUAAUGGGAUGGCCAGAUCAUUAUACAUCACAUACAUUUAUUAAAAUUUAUUUAAUUGGUAUUGAACGUUAUUUAGAACAAUCGCUUGGCCAGUUGAAACAAAAAACAGAACUUAAUCAUACAACAAAUGAAUACGAUGAAAAUGAAGAAUUACCAUUGGAUGUAUUCGAACCGUUUUAUGAAAAUGAUCAGCAAGAUGAAGAUCAAAAUGAAUCAUUCGAACUAGAGACUGGUAUCGACGAUAAUAAUCUUGUACUGUGCAACAAACGCAUUGAUUAUCAAUUACGACCAAUAGAACUUGAUGAUAUUUGUCUUUAUACUUUUUAUUCUGAAGAUAGAAAAGCAAAAAUGAGCAUAUUUGAUAAGACUCUGUUAGAAGCCAAUUCUAUGGCAACAUCAGUACGACGACGUGGUCGACCUCCGAGUGAUCGGUGGCUGUUCCAAUCAACCCAUCCACAAUAUAUGUCUCAUCUAAUUAUACGUCGUUCUUUUCCAGUUGUUCCAGUUUUGGUUGGUCCACCAAUACCUCGUCGCGAACGUGAAGAUACUAGUGAACGAUAUGCACGAGCUAUUUUAACAUUGUUUCGUCCAUGGAGAACUGUUUUAGAUAUUUGUGAUCCAUAUACACCAUGGUCUCAUGCUUUACAACUACACCAAUCAACGUUUACAACAACAUCUAACAAAGUGAUAAACAAUAUACAACUUUUACAUGAUUGUAAGAAAGACCGUGAUGCAGAACUCUAUCAACUAGUUAAUGAACCAUUGCCAUCUCGACCGAUCAAUACUUCAAGUCCCUAUAAUGAUAGAAAUAUAGAAGAUACGGAAGAUAUUCUUGCUUUAUUAAACGAAUCGAUUGAUUUGUAUCCAUCUUUAUUAAAUGAAGAAAUAAUUGAAAAUAAUGGAAUUCGCGCAUCUAUACAACAGGAAUAUUUGAAAGUUACAUUAGCUAAUGUUAUCCGAUCAGAACGAUUCUCUUCAAUAAAUAAUAUCACUGGUUUAGGAGAUUUUACAUAUAAUAAUACAGAAUAUAAUUCAAUUCAAGAUAAUAAUACAAAUUAUUUACUUCAUGUAGCAAACGAAUAUCAUAUUCAACAAAUUCAUCUAUGGCAACAUCAUCUUAAAACUCAGAAAGAGGAACAAAGACAAUUCCUAUUAUAUGGUUCUCAAAAUAAAUUGACAACGAAUACACCAAAUUUUGCACAAAUAUUUAAUCUCAACAAAGAACAAAUCAAAAUUUUCAACACUAUAACAUCUCAUAUACAACGUACAAUUGUCUUUCAAAAAUAUCCAGAUUUUAAUUCUAAUAAACCUUCUCAAUUACUUAUGUAUAUUGGUGGAGCUGGUGGUUGUGGAAAAUCUCGAGUGACGGAAGCAAUAUGUGCUUUCAUGUCUCAUCAUGAUCGAUUGCAUACAUUACGGAGUCUUGCACCAUCAUUUGCAGCUGCAGUAGCAAUUAAUGGUUUAACUAUACAAUCGAUGCUACGUGAAAAUCGACAUAGAUUAUCAAUAAAAACAACUUUAACUCAAACAGAAAUAGCUACUAUUGAAACUGAAUGGAAAAACAUUGAUUAUCGUUUGAUAGAUGAAAUUUCCAUGGUUGGUUGUCAUAUGUUAGCACGACUUCACAAAAUAACAACAAUUGCAAAACAUACACAACCGUCAAUUCCAUUUGGUGGUAUCAACAUGAUAUUUCUUGGCGAUUUUGUACAAUAUCCACCAGUUCUUGAUCGACCUCUUUAUCUAAAUUUAUUAUCAUCUAAUGACACCUUAAAUGAUACUCUAAAUUUUAACAAACAAAAUGAUAAACGACAAAAUUUAUCUGAGCGUGAUAUACAAUGCAAAGUUGGUCGAGCAUUAUGGCUGCAAGUUAGUAAAGUAUUUUUUUCGACUGAACAAAUGCGAAAUAAAGAUCCAGUGUUUAUGGCCAUGCAAUCAAGAUUGAGAACCGGUCAAUGUACCAAUGAAGAUUAUGAACUUUUAUGCAAACGUGUUGUUUCACCUGAAAAUGACAUUAAAUCAUUACGUGAACAACCAUGGAAUUCAGCAACAAUCCUAGUUUUUAGAAAUGAAAUACGAACAAACAUUAAUAACUAUUGUGUAUUUGACGAAAGUAAAAAAUUUAAUCAUUUACCAAUGGUACUUGUCGCAAAUGAUCGAGUUAGAAAUCAUGAAAUUGAUAGUAAUGAUCUUCGUCGUUUUUUACUUUCAAUACCAGACAAUAAAACGGAAGGCUUGCCAGGAUAUUUGCCAAUUGUAAUGAAUAUGCCGGUCCUUAUUACACAUAAUAUUGCAACUGAACUUCAUAUUUCUAAUGGUUCAAUUGGUCGAUUAGUUCGUCUAGUAGUGGAUGAUGAUCAAAACUCAUCUACUAAUGCUAAUUUGUGUGAUCCUAAAUUUCCAAUUAAUACUAUUUAUAUUAGAAAACCAUUAUAUGCAUUAGUAGAACUACCACAAUCUAAACUAACAAAUUGCUUAACAGAUCUACAACCAACUAUCAUACCUAUUGUGCCACAAGAAAAAACAAUUAAAAUUGAUUUAAAAUCAUUUAUGACUGUAGCACAAAUAAGACUCUUAAAUAAUAAAACAUCUAUAACUAUUUCACGAACUCAAUUACCUAUAGUACCGGCUUAUGCAAUGACAACACAUAAAUGUCAAGGUAAAACAUUGUCAUAUGGUAUAAUAGAUUUAGUUCCUCCACCAUAUUCUAAAUCCGAUCUUGCAAAUGUGUAUGUACCAAUAUCACGUUUUACAUCUCGUGAUACUAUGGCUAUAUUAUGA